CUCAGGCUCGCUAAGCCCGCCGCCGCCACUGAUUGCGCCCGUGCUCUGCGUCGGUAGUUGAGUCGUGUGCGCUUCUCGCGCUUCUCGGAGUAACCACCGAUCACGACCCCUCAGUCAUCACGCGUAUCGUUCGCAAAUCGUAAAAAUAGCUCAACUGUAGAUAGAACGUGCGUGAAAUACAAGUGCAAGUGUAAUGCCGAACUAAUUAAAUUGUUAUGUGCGAAUGAAACGCGAGCGACGAAAAGUGUUUAGUUUUUGUUUUCUGCGUGCGUGUUGCUAAAAGUUUUCCACUUGCGCGCGUGAACCCGACGCGAGUUCACAGCCGCCGUUUUCACUUUGGCAUUGAUUUUGAAUUGAUAAAAAUAACGACGCAAGGGACAUCGGCGACGAUGACGCGCGAAUGAACGCGGAAAUAAAUGAAUUUCAGCGAGACAAUCGCGGCGCGAGAAGGAAGUAAAAUGUUGCAAUAAAUUUCGAAUUAUUUUCGUUUCGUUGUUAUUCUGUGCGUGACCGCUACAUCGGCCCAAUCGUCCUUACAUAAGGAUGAGCGGAUAUCGCAGCUAUGUGCCGUGGAAUAAAAGCUCGUCAUCCAGCGGUGGUGCACCGGCCGCGUCGACGUCGGCGAGUAAUUAUGCGCACAAAAAGGACAACACAACUACAGCCAACAAGUAUGAAUCCACAUACUCCAAGUCGCGGCCCGAUGCCAAAACCAAGCCAGCCAGCGACAAAUCGCCGACGGCGUCGUCGUCCAGCAGCGCGGCAUCGCCGUUGGAAACUAAAUACAGUACUAAAACCACAGCGACUGCGACUUCGACGUACACCGCCAGCGAACCGAGCUAUCAGCGAUUAUAUGAUUCAACAAGAAGUGACUUGACCAACCGAGUGAAGUCACCGGUUGAGAAGAAAGAAAACCAUCCACCAGUGUCUUACCGUCCGAUAAUACGAACACCAGGGACAAGAUCCCGUGAUCCUAGCCCUGUUUUGGACCGUGAAAAACCUUCAACUGACAGUAGUUAUAAUUUCAAUCGACUUUACCCGCGACCUUAUACUGGGGCAAGAUCUAUGAGUCGUGAACGCACGGAUUCGGUAUCAUCUACCAGCUCAACCACGAUUCCCAAAUAUACUGGACGAUCCUCCUUGAAUAAAGAUGAUUAUUCGCCAAAAUCAUAUCUUGGACGUACAUCCAGAAAUUCCUCUAGAGAAGAUUUAUCUUUGGCUAAGUAUAAACCACCGGAAACCAAACAGGAUCUUCUGACAUCUAGAUUUAAGUCUAAAGAGGACUUAAGUACCAAGUACAAAUCUCCGACAAGCUCAACUACGUCUUCUACGUCUUCCGCCAGAGAAUUGGGAAAGUACCAAACACCUUCCCGUGCUCCUUCAAGAGAAGACCUAUCUUCUAAAGGACCUCAAAAGUUCAUCACAAGUAGAUUUUUACCUAAAAAUUCUAUAGAGAAAAGUCACACUGCCUAUCUUAGAACUUCAACUGCCAGAACUAGUGAGGUGAGCAGAAAGAAUCGGGAGCUCUUAAAUGCUCUGAGUGCAAGUGCCCAUAGUGACAAAUCUACAUCUGCUAGUAGUAGAUCUGUUAGCAGGUGUUCCUCGGUUGCUCCUGAAGAAAUUAAACCGAAAAUUACACCUGUGAAAAUUGAACCACCAAAGGUACAGCCUCAAACUAAAAAGUAUGAAAUUGAAACAGUAUCCGUGGUUACAAGAAGCACUUCCCCAAAUCCUCCAAGUCAAUCUUCAUACUUGAGAACCAGAAGGUCUGACUUGGCCAGAAUUAUAGAAAAACAAAUUAGUCGACCCAAAGAUCGAGGUGAAAUGGUAGACAAGUCAAUUCAAUCAGACAGAAUGGAUGAUACCACUAAAUCAUCGAGAUUUUCUGGUGCGUCUAGAAUAAGUGCUGCACCGUGGUCAUCAUUUUUAGAUUUGAAAUACUCCAGUCCCAAUACUUCCAGUAGUGAAAUGCCCAAUACUGAAGCAACUGAUUAUAAAAAAGAUACGAAAGUGAUCUCCAGAAAUAACUCAUCAAAAUGUAUUAGUAGAUCAUCGUCUAAAUCGGAUUUACGUAGGAGUCGAUCAACUUCUUCACAAAGUGACUCUAGUCAAGCAAGCCCAAGUCCCAAAUCUAAGGCAACACCACCAAAAACUGUAAAGUUACCUCCAAGUGAGAAAACUGACGGGCCAUCUAUGCUACAUUCUCUAAAUACUCCAAAUAAAGAUUUCCGCAAGUCAGUAUUAAAUAUGAAUCCGGAAAAGUUGACCAAACGUAGUAAUAGUGUAACUUCCGAUUCGGAUGCCGCCGAGGAUCAAAAAUCAAAGUUACCACAGCGCGUUACAAGUAGUGCUGAACGUGGUAGAAGAUCUGAAAGUUCUUCCUCUGAAAGAUCAUCCAGUUCAAAAAGUUCUGAUGAUGAAACAAAACUUCAUUCUAUAAGAUUAGUAAGCCCAGAUGCUACAUCUGCUAUAUUAUCAUCUGCAGAUGAGUUAUCUUUAGAUAAACCUAAGAUAAAAGUCAAAGGUGAGAAAGAUCACGAAGCUAAAUCUUUUCUCAUGCGUGCUCUGGCUCCAGUUACAAACUUCUUCAAAGUUAAAGGAAAUGAUGCCCAUGAAGGAAAAUCUCAUGAAAGUUCCGAUAGAACUUCUAAAAACAUUCCCGAUCUGGUAUUCUCUAAUACUUCAACCAAUUCUGAAGAAAAACGUCCCAUUUUACGACAAAUCAAAGCAGAAGAUCGCACAUGGUGGUUUGAAGAUUCAGGUGAAGAAACAUCGUCACCGAAUGGCAGCAAAUUAAAAAUUCUACGUCAAGUAGAAUCUGGUGAAUUGGCUUGGUGGCUCGAUGAUAAAUCUGAAGUCCCACAAGGAGUUGAAGUUAUACCAGCUACUAGUUUUGGUGAAGACGGCGUAACAGAAGACGGACGUUUGAUAUAUAAACUACGAAAUGAUUCAGAAGAUCACUCCUGGUUUCUGGAUUCUAGUUCAGACGCAACAGAUAAGAAUAUUUCGGACAUUCCGCGUAGUCUUUCCGAUGAACAUGAACACCGUUCAUUGAAAUUAAUCCAACAAGUAGAUUCAAAAGAAAAAAGUUGGUGGUUAGAAGAUGACCCCAAGAGUAAUUCUGCAAGUAAUUCUAGUAAACCAAAAGUGCACAGAAUUCAACAUGUUCAAUCAGGUGAACGUGCAUGGUGGUUGGAUGAUAGUAUUGAAGUCCCUGAUGGUGUUAUGGUGUACCCUGCCACCAGUACUGAUGAAAAAGGUGUAAUGAAAAAUGGCAAGAUAAUUUAUAAACUGAGAAAAACCGAAUCUACUGAAUUAGAGUGGUGGUUAAGCAGUGAUUCAUAUAAAUCAAGUUCUUACAGUGCCCCACACUCAAACCAAUCAAAACAAAAUGGUUCCUUGGAUGCUUUAGAACCAGAAUUUCUACAAAAAUAUAAAAUACGUCAUAUUGACUCCGGGGAAAGAGCUUGGUGGAUGUGUAGUAAUGAAAAUAUUAACGAAGCGGGCAAUCAUAAUUGGAAAACAACUCCAGCCGAUGAUGGUAAUGACGAAUUUGAUCCAGGCGAGGUACCACUUGGUGAUAGAGCAAGCCCUGAAGGUUUAGAAACACCUAGAGAAGAUAACGAAGCAGGAAGAAUGAGUCCCUACGACAAUGUGCCCUGUUCAAAUAGUUAUAGUACAAAACAAAAACGAAGAAAUUCUAAAGCUGGAAUGUUUAUAUCAAAACAUACAAAUAUUGAUGAUAUUCUCGGAGGGUCUUCACAACUAAUGAGUCCACUUAUUGAUAGAAUAUUCAACUAUCAAACUUCUUCAAGUACAGAAUGUGAUGAAAUCGAUGCAAGUCAAGUGAAAAUUCACGAAGGUCUUCCAAAGAAAAAUAUCACACAUAAAACUGAUGGACGGUAUGCCACAUCAAAGGACUAUAAUUCUCGGUUGGACGAUGCCGCGCUACAGCUGUAUAAAGAUGGCGACUAUGGCUCCUAUCUGGAUCUGGACGCCUCGAUCAGCGAGCAGCAGGAGGAAUUCGAAGGCUUUCACACGAACAAAAAGAACUCGAUCGUGCUUCGAACCCAAUUGUCGGUACGAGUGCAUACGAUAAUCGAAAAACUUCUAAAUUCUGAGGGUAGAGAAUUGCGGCGCGCGUUAUUCUCGCUCAAGCAAAUCUUUCAAGAGGAUAAAGAUCUGGUACACGAGUUCGUUCAGAACGAUGGACUCGCCUGCCUCAUCAAAGUCGGCUCCGAGGCUGAUCAGAACUAUCAGAAUUACAUUCUGCGUGCGUUGGGUCAGGUCAUGCUCUACGUUGACGGUAUGAACGGAGUAAUGGAACACAACGAAACCGUCCAAUGGUUAUACACACUCAUCUCUUCGAAGUUUCGCCUCGUCGUUAAAACCGCACUCAAAUUGUUGCUCGUUUUCGUCGAGUACACCGAUAACAAUUGCAUGUUGUUAAUUCGUGCGGUGCACACUGUCGAUUCGGCGCAGGGAUUAUUAGCGUGGAAUAACAUAAUGACCCGUCUCAAAGACUUCGACUCGGCCGAUACUGAACUGUUAAUUUAUGCAACCACUUUGAUCAACAAGUGUUUGAAUGGUGUCCCGGAUCAGGACACGUAUUAUGACCAAACCGAUGCGUUGGAAGAACAAGGCAUCGAAAAUAUUAUUCAGAGAUACAUGUCGAAACCCGGAACAGAUUUGGAUCUGUUGCAACAGUUUCAGAUUUACGAGGCGGUUUUGCAAUAUGAAGAUGGUGAAGAUAAAACAACUUCCAUUAAACACCUAGACGAAACUAUUAGGAAAACCCUUAGAAGUCGCAAGUCUUUAGUGGAUUCAUCAGAGAGAAGAAAAAGUCGACGACAUUCAACUGGUAACACUCCUUUGCAUCAUCAAAAGAAACCUUUGAAGGAGAUUAAUGUUGAUGAUGACGAUGACGAGUCGUCUUCAAGUUCGCAAUCCUCAAAUGGCAUGAAUCAUAACGCCCUUAAUGGAUCAUAUAAAGAUCCUCAUAAAGUGAACGACGCUGGGGUAACACCUGCUCUACGCAGACGUCUUGAACGAGCUGAACGUCAACGAAGUUUCCUCAAAGAGCAGCAAGAAAAUGCUAGGCUUAUCAGCGGUGUUAUUAACAAAGCAGAUGAAAUUAACUCCAAUGGCAAUUACACCAACGGUCUUCAACAACGUCUUUCCAAUGGUAAUAGUGUUCUAAAUAGAAAUUCACGAAAAGAUCUGACUCCGUUUAUGAACGCUGUUAAUAAACUGGAUACUGAAGAAUCUGCGUUGACUAAACAACCAUGGAUCAUGUACGAAAAGGAGCGUGAUAGUUGCGAAGACACGAACGGCAACGAAUCUGUCCCGAACAACAACGAAAACGAGCGUAACUUUGUGUUGUUGAAAUUGAAGAAAGAAAACACCGUCAAGGAUUUAACACAAAAGCUCGUUAACCAGAAUAUUAUCCUUCAUAGUCCACCAGCUGAGGAUAACAAACUCUCUUGUAUGGAAGGCAUGACUGGUCUGAUAAACAAAGCCAAAGAGGGAUUGGCCAAAUCCAAAUCCCAAUCUGUUGUGAAGAGUCCUACGAAUGAAACAGCAACUCCCAUUGGUACUCCAAAACCUGCUGAAGUGAAGAAAUCCGAAAAUGAGUUACGUUGGGAGGAAUUAAUCGCCAAUAUUAACCGACCACUGAAUUUAUGCGAUAUUGACUUCACUGAUUUAGCAGAAGAUGAUGAAACUGAUAUAUUGGCACCGGUUCAUGUGGCUAAUGGGGUACCACCACCCCCACCACCAAUUGAUUUAUGUGGUAAUGCGCCUCCACCACCACCACGAGUUUGCAUACCACCUCCAGUACCGAAUGCUCCAAUGUAUAAUAUGAGAUCUAAACAAAGUGAGACAAAAAUUCCUAUCAAAAAGAACAAGAAGACCGUGAAGCUAUUUUGGCGUGAGGUGCGUGAAGAUCCAGUAUCAACGAUGAAGCUAAAAACAGGUUACAUCUGGGAUGAGCUGAAUCCUGUCGCGGUGGACACUCAGAAGUUGGAGCAUUUGUUCGAAUCUAGAGCCAAAGACUUGAUUAGCAAGAAACAACAAGAGAUUAACAAGAACAAAGAGAUAAUAGUGCUCGAUCCGAAGCGGUCCAACGCAAUCAACAUUGGUAUGACUAAAUUGCCUCCACCACGGUCCAUCAAAACCGCCAUUUUGAAAAUGGACGCCACAAUUAUGAAUCGCGAAGGCAUCGAAAAACUACUUACAAUGUUGCCAACUGAUGAGGAACGCACUAAAAUUCAGGAAGCCCAAACCGUCAAUCCGGAAAUUCCUUUGGGAAGCGCCGAACAAUUUCUGCUUACCUUAUCAUCGAUUUCCGAACUUCCGGCUAGAUUGAAGUUGUGGGCAUUCAAAUUGGAUUUUGAAAACAUCGAACGUGAAAUUGCUGAGCCAUUGAUGGACCUCAAGCAAGGUUUUGAAAUAUUACGAGCGAAUAAGACCUUCAGAGCUAUUCUGGGAACAUUGCUCUCAAUAGGCAAUUUUUUGAACGGCAACGAAGUGAAGGGUUUUCAAAUCGAGUAUUUGUCGAAGGUACCUGAAGUCAAGGACACGGUGCACAAGCAUUCACUGCUGCACCAUUUGUGUCACAUCGUAAUGGAGAAGUUUCCGGAUGCCAGCGAUCUUUAUUCAGAGAUUGGUGCAACAACGAGAGCUUCGAAAAUAGACUACGAUGAGUUGACGCAAAAUAUUCACAAACUCGAGGCAGACUGUAAGGCCUCUUGGGAUCACUUGAAGCUGAUAGCGAAACACGAUGGUUUGACGAUGAAAACGAAGAUGUCGGAAUUCCUGGCCGACUGCGCAGAGCGCAUCAUUCUUUUGGGCAUUAUACAUCGACGAGUUCUCAACAGGUUUCAUCGAUUUUUGCUUUGGCUCGGGAUUCCAUUAAGCCAGAUCUCCGAUACGAAGCCGAGUGAGUUCUGUCGCAUUGUCUCCGAAUUCGCUCUGGAGUAUCGCACCACGCGCGAACGCGUCCUGCAGCAGUUGGAGAAGAAGGCGAAUCACAGAGAGAGAAACAAGACACGUGGAAAAAUGAUCACAGAGACUCCAAAGUUCAGAUCCAAAGAGGACAAAGCAGAUGCCGAACUACGACAGUUGUUGGGUAGUGACUAUUCGGACAUGGAGAGUCUCCAAGGCACGCUGCCAUUGCGUCGACACAAAAAAGAUGCGAACCGCUCGUUCAUGGGCACGCUCAAUGGGCAUUUAACAGACGGCGACGACGAGAUACUUGAGAGUUUGGUCAAAACCGCAACAAAGACACCGUCAACGAGAACAGCGCCUAGGGAAAGAAAACGCACGCGGCACGCGGAUAGAAAAUCUCUUAAACGAUCGAGAACGAGAGAGAAUCCUUUCGGUCAUCGCGAUUCUCCUUAAAUACGAAAUGCUGUGCGGCGUACGUUGAAGAACGGCCUGACCGAAGAGGAGAAGAAGCACCUGUCCGCGUAUAUCAAAGGCUACUCUUUUGCUGGAUGAUCAACGGCAACACUCACUUAUUAAUUAAUAAUUUGUUCUUGUUACUAGAUACUUAUCAAUUUCACUACUCUAUCACAACCGAAGUGCGCGCAGCAACCUCACCGACGCGGGUAAACGCGCGAAAGUAUGACACGUGCGCGCGCGCAUUGUGUGUUAACUCGAGAUGAAUUGGUACCCCUGCGUGCACUUCGGAGGUUUUCGUUAAAUAAUUUAUUAUGAUAAUGUGAUACGAACCAAUGCUAUUGUACGAGCAAACUGCGUUUUUCUUUAUACUAUUUUAUUGCCUAAGAUGUCUCGACUACUUACAACCUAUCUAGGUAUAGUGUUUGUUUAUAUUUUCGGCGGUUGUACACUAAAAAUUAAUAAUAUUGAUAUGAAUGUGACUAGUUUCACUUCCGAAUAGAAUAAACAUUACUGUUGUUACUGA